UUGGCUAAGGAGAUGGAGACCUGGAGGCAUGUGAACGUGAGGGUCAAAGUUGCUAUGGAACCUGUUUUGGAGGCAGCUUACGUGAGCUACAAGUUUUGGGUUUUAUGGACGAGUUGGGAUUCCUUUUCUGUUUAGGAUUGUUACCUUUAGACGUAGCAGGGUUAAUUAGCUUUCCUUGUUUGUUUUGUACUCGAAUUAGGUGCAGUUGGAGAAGGAUACCGAUGAAGGGAUUUUGAAGACGCG